CCAAUUUGGCGAGUCGUGCAGUGGAAUCUCUCGUGCCUCGCUCGCAGGAUAGAAAUAUGGAUUUUGGAGAGAAGAAAUAGGAGGAAAAUGUCAAAGCUGGGAGAGGAGAGGAACAACGAGCGAUCUUUUUAUACCACUCCAGAAUGAUCUGUUCCUGACUUGACGAUUAAGCUCGAGGAUGAGCGCCAGACCGUGUCAACCGUCGUUCCUCCGUUCUUGUGUUCGGGUCAAAGUGAAAGUCUUUUUUGUGCUUUGCAGAUUGGUUCUCCCAUUCUCAUUGCCACGCCUUCGUUUUAUCUGGUUCGAGUUUGAGAAACUUCUCUUCUGGAAAACGGUUCCUACGAGUGACAAACGUGUAGUUUGGACGGCCUGGAUACCUGAUUCGGAAUCCGUGGAUGGUGAAGAUCUAUUCUAUCCUGAUAAGGGAAGUCAAGUAGAUAUUUCCACCGGAAGAUAUGAGUAAAGGCCAAAGCGACUGUCCCUCAGCUCAUGGCUGCUGUUGCCGCAACAACGGCUUCAAUCUCCCUGCAAAAUGGUGCUGUGUCACAAACGUCAGCUCAGCUCCAAUCGUUUCCAGAUUCAGCAAGAAUUGCUCAUCUGGGAUUUCUGAAGCAAGGUAGCAACGCCAGCCAUUCACUUUGCAAAUGGCAGAUUUAUGCGCCACGGCGGGGUCUGUCUCGAGCCAGAUCAAGCUGCAUUGCUGCUGUAGUAGCACUCUCAGCUUCUACAACGGCUGCUACAACGGAAGCCGUCACUCCUCUCAAAGACCUGCCGCUCUGCCCCUAUGUCAACAAGGAUGGAAGAAUUCAGCCACCAGUGGAUCCCGACACUGCGGCUACCAUUUUUGCCGUAAUUGACAACAACAACAGGGUUCAGUACAUUGGUUUCUCCAAGGAUAUCAGGAACUCUCUUAGAACUCUCAUCGGAAGGCGUCCGGAGCUUUGCCACUUUUACAAGGUGUUCCACUUGCCGGUGCUUGAUCAGCAGAAAAUGCUCGCUGUGAGACAACAGUGGGUGAACGAGCUUGGGAGCAUUCCAAGGGGAAACGCAGAUAUUACACAGAGAAACCUGUGGGAGCAGCCCGUCGACGCUGGAUCCAUUUCCGACAGAGGGAAGGCGGCGGCGGCGGCUGAUAGAGCCAAGACGCUCAAACAAAUUUUGUUCGAUAAAGGCGUCCUGGAAGAGAUGGUCUACAACCCGGACUUGCUCGCAGAGGGAAAGUGUGACAUCCUGCCAUCGAAAGAUCAAACACCCGAGGAACUGGCCGCCGCUGCCAAAGCCCGCGAGGAGGAAUCUUCGAAACGAGUGGCUUGUUCCGUCAAGACGCCCGACGAUCGAGAGAUAACAUUCGACGUGUACUACGAGAGCAAGUUCGUCACAAACGGCGGAUGGAUGUACGACAUACUCGUAACUCACGACAACAAGGAAACGAGGCACCGCGUGAUUAUGGGACGGAUUUAUCCCGAGGCCGCAAAGAUGGACGAGGAUCGUUUCCUAGAAACCGUGAUGGCGUUCUUACUGGAUAAGAAAAUCCCACGGCACACGGAUGGAGUUCGGUCGCCGCUCACGUUUCCCAUAAAUUACUUCGCGGUUGGACAGGUCGAGCAGCGGUGGGACGAGGAAUUCCAGUCGUGGUUCUCGGAGCCACUCCCGACUGACCACUGGAACUUCAAGAGGAUCCACUCGUAUGGGCCGACGAUCGACACGGACUUGGAGCUGGGCCCGGAGGAUAUAGUUCUUCCUAAAGCCGCCGAGUAGAAAGAGAGCGGCCACUUUUGUUUGGAUGGGAUUCGUUUCUUCCCAAAAUCUUUGUCGCAAAAACUUCCCCUACUAACGAUCACAAAUCUGAAAGAAGUGAAUCACUGGUGAA